UAUAAAAUCAUGGAAUUCGUCUUGCUCUUCCGCGCUCUUGGCCUGCGCUUCACGUUACCAAACAAAAACCGCAUGAUUUUCCACUGCUUUCAUCUUCCUCUCUUCCACUGAAGAAAAUCUCUCGCCAUUUCUCUUCACAUUGUUGCCCACGCCACAUUCUUCCGCUGCUCAAGGUGUUGAUUGACUUACCGCGGCGUGAGAAGGCAUUUUUUCCGAGUUUCCAGCUUGUUUCGACAUUUGCUUCCUGAGUUCUGAGGUCUAAAAAUGGCUCCCAGAGUGCGAAGUAGAAAGAGGGGUAACUUAAGAAUUGAUGCAGCACUCGACGCCAUGGCACCUUUCGGAUUUUCUCCGAAGUUGGUUCGUGACACGGUGAAGGAGCUCCUCAGUGUCUAUGGAGGAGACGAUGGAUGGGUAUUCAUUGAAGAAGGCUCUUAUACUCUCUUGAUCGAUACCAUUCUCGAUAAACUGAAAGAUGGGGUAAUAGUGCAGGUUCAUGAAGAGAAUGAAAGAGCUGAAAUUCACGAGGAGACCUCCAUAGCUGGCUGUUCAUCUAAUCCAAGGGAUGAGCUUACCGUGAAGGAGAUUGACGAUGUUUUAAUUUCUCCAUAUGAGGACAAUGAAGCUUUCAGGAUCACGACCCCAUUGUCUACAAUUGAUUCAGAAGGAAGAUAUCGGAUAGACGAUGCAGGUCCUGGUGAUGAUGAUCAUUUUAGGAGUCCUCCAAACCAGUCUGCACCUGCGGCUCAUACCCCGAAAAUUAGUAGAAGGCCGUAUCAUGGCUGGAUCUCUAGCAACGACAAGAAGGAAGAUUUGGUGCACUUACCACCAGAUCCGGAGUUUGCCAGGUUACUCAUGACUCCAACGCAGAGAAAACGAAAGCAGCGUUGGGAUGUGAAGCCUGCAGAAUCAUAAGGUAAUUGGUGAUUUGAGGGAAGAUAGAUGUAUGUAAGUACAAAUGGUAAUUGGUUGUGGGAGAGACAGGCCCCUGCUAACUGUUACUGCUCUGACCGUAGAAGAAGCUGUUAGUUGUGUAAUUUAGACACUUUACUUUAGUUCCAUCAUAUUCUGGUUUUUCCCUUAAGAAACAACUCCAAAGCUGAGAUAUGAAUUUCCCAUCUCUU